AUGUAUCCAGAUUGUGCGGCAUCACUGUGGGAAUGGAACAAAUCAUUAUGCGAGGAAACUGACAAAUGGGAUUGGAAUCCACUGCAUUAUGCUGUUAAACAAGGAUUGAGAGUAGUAGUUCGUAAAAUGCUGGGGUGGAAGACAUUGUUAGCCUACACUCACGCAGGCAAUGGAAAUGACUGGGCAACAUCAAUUCAUAUUGCAGCCAAUGAAGGUCGUGUAAACAUGAUACGUGAGCUAUUAUUUCACUGUCCAGAUAGCUUGGAAAUGCUUAACAGCCAUGGCCAAAAUGCUCUUCAUGUUGCCAUAUCGAAUUAUAAAACAGUAGUCACAUUCUUAUUGAAUUCUAAAGAAUCUCAUAACCUUAUUGAUGAGCCAGAUAACAAUGGCAACACUCCUCUCCAUUUACUUGCUGCCUCUGACUGGAUAAGUGUGCUUGCUAAAUUAAGAAGACAUGCGAGUACAAAGAUGUUAUUUAUCAAAGAAAACCAGACUCCGGUUGACAUAUUGUCUAGCACAGAGAAAACACUGUGUGUUGCACGGCCAUUUCAGAGGUGUCGUCUUCGCCAUUGUCGAUUAGGACAGCGUGAUUUUGAGAUAAAAUGGCAGAAAAUGCUGAAGCCAGAAGAAGAAACAGAGUUGAAAGGUAUGCUGAAAGAUAUUAUGGAGGCAACUCAAAUACAUCUAGUAGUUGCCACACUACUAGUUACCGUUACCUUCGCAGCAGGUUUCACCUUACCGGGAGGUUUUGAGAGCGAUCUCAAUAGCUCUAAUAAAGGGAUGGCAAUUCUAAUAAGGGAAACAGUGUUCCGUGCAUUUGUUGUCUCAGAUACCAUUGCAUUUACAUGCUUUGCUGGAGCUGUAUUCAACUACUUCUACAUUGCGAUAAGUGCAGCAACUGCAAAAAGAUUAAACCUUAUAACUGUGCGCUUUAAGAUAGCAAUUUUUUUGCAGCGUUUAGCGAUGUCAACAGUUGUCAUUGCAUUUGUAACUGGUAUGUAUGCUACUUUAGCACAUUCAGUUGGUCUCGCUGUUACUGUCUGUGUCGUCGGUUGCAUCUCUUUCCCUCUGUUCUAUCUUCCGUCAAUUGUUAGGCACAUCGUUAAGACAUACUAG